UAUCACGGCCCCUCGUGUUUCGUCGGAUCUCCAUAUGGAUUCAUGGCACCGAAAGCUUUCGUGGCCGACUCGAGUUCCUACGCUCGAGGCCGGAUGUGUGCGGUUACGUCCAGGAGCUCGUCGUCACUGGCAUCAACGCGCCGUUCCUACAACUCAUGCUAAACCAACACCAGGGAGAAGGUCCUAUAGUCAUCAGUCACAUGAAUGCCCUGGAGAACGCGCUGAAAGACGGCCUAUUGACAAACCUUCAGAAGCUGGAGUGGGACAACGAAGAAAUCAUAACCACGACCUUCGCGAACACUAUUCAUAAUGCAUUCCCUCGAUGUGUUUGGGUCAUCUCUACGUAUUCCGGGAACCCGUUGCCCCCACUGCCCAACCUCGUCUCCUUGUCAUCUACCGCCUAUUACAACGUUGAGGCGUUGCUGUACUACCAGCCAAUCUUGCUUCGCGCUCCACGACUCCGCACUCUGGAUAUCGUGUCGUUCCGGCCUACGGGUCGUUCCUUACCGACGCAUGGUGCGCCGCCCUUCAUGGCGCACGACCCGAUCCUAGCGGUCUCCAGAGAAGCCUAUCCAGCAAUCGAAGAACUCACCAUGCGUUGGUUGCUAUGGUCCCUUGAGGGUGCCCGCCAGUGUCUUCAGAUGAUGCGCUGGUCACAGCUGCGUUGUCUUACGCUGAUGCACAGCAACUCCGCCCCGUUCUUAGAAGGCUGUAUACCUACCCGUGAAACGUUUCCCGCACUUAAGGAAGUCAAGCUAGUGGAGCCUCACCCCUUCAAUCCAGGAGCUUUCCAGGACGCCCUCAAACAAUUCCUGGCGACCAUGACUUCAGGGCUCCGUGACCUGCAUGUCGAAGCGUCUUGGCAGACGUUGGUGUCUACUAUCGCGGAGCGCCACGGGGUGACCCUGCGCUCACUAGUUCUGCACGAGAGCGAGCACGCCCGGGCACCGCAGAGGAGCACGCUCAACCUCGCCGACCUAAUCGUGCUGGGGAACGCAUGUGCAUCCCUCAGAAAUUUAGGCGUCGAUGUAGAGGCCGAUUACUCUCUCCCGGGGCCCGGUGUUCCUGAAGGCGAGUCUUUCGCGGCAGUUGUCAACUCGACGGCCUACUUCCCUUCUCUGCGGCACAUCACGCUUUGGGCUCCUCUCGGCCUCAUGGACAGAGCGAAUGUAUCAGCACAAGGCAACAUCUUGGAGGGAGGAGACCCUUUGUAUGUCCUCGAAGAACACGCAUCGAAAAUUCUGGAUCCCAGUCUGUGCGACACGGACAACACUGAGCAGCGAGACAGAGGCAAGCUCGAGUCACUGACCGUCAAUCUUGGCGAACAAGAAAGGGAAUUCGGGGCACGGCACCCAGACCCCUGGGAGAUCUGGGAGAUGGACAACCGGACGCAGAGAUAUCUCGAGAAGGUCUAUGACGCGGAUAUUGCUAUCCGUAUGUACGGUGAAUACGAUGACUCAUACGAGCAGUCAAGCGCACGGCGUCCUCGUCUGUGGUCCGUCACGCACGAUAACGAGUGGGUAGAAGGGCCCGACCUCGAGGACGACGGGGACGAGGAAGCAGAGGCUGAGCCGGGCAGUCAAUGAUGGCGAUAGGUGCCAAGACUCACGCAGCUCCUGCGAGUGGCCUCAGCCUCAGGUGCUGGUAAUAGUGGCCUGCCAGUGGAGGAUUUGCCUCAGUGACGUUUGCGGUCGGCUGUAUUGAACAGGUUCGAAUAAAAGCUACUCAUGAUUGACACAUUUGCAAACACGUGGUCUCGGAACCUUGGUCAGAGUUGCUGUCA